AUGGAAAGGUCGCUGGCCUUGGAGAACAGUUUGGCACUACUUGCCAUAGCGUGUGGCAUUGUCACGCUACUUUUACUUCUGACAAUUGUCAUCACAUGGGUAUGUCAAUGUUGUUCACACGAAGAAACCGCUGGAAAAUCCCGAAGAAAAGUUCGACGGUUAUCCACCGUACUAUUUAUUCUCAGUGUGCUUUGUUUCAUUUUUCUCGGACUUUGCCUAUUUGGAAACGAACAUAUCAAUCGUGGUGUGACCAAAUCACUUAAUGGUUUAGCUGAUGUGAAUCGUGGAUUCAAAUUGGCCAUAGCACAGACAGACAGCCUGAACGAUACUUGUCAGAAUGCAUCGUUGCAUAUUAAAAAUCUGGAAGAAAUCGUGCAUCAGAAAAGCAAAGCAUCAGGAAUCAAUGGAACUCUGGUCACACAGGUGGACACGGUGCUCACAUACAUCACAGACGGAAUGGAUUCAGUACGGGAUAAACUGAAUACGCUCCAAAAAACUCUAACUGAAGUCAGCUUUCUGGAGUCGGCUGAGAUUUACGGCGAGCGAAUUGAGUUGGAGCGAUGGAUGCUAUGUGUCACACUCCUUUCCAUAAUGAUGUGCGUAUUGUUUGCUGGAGUGAUCUCAUUUUGUCGACAAUCAAAGAAAGGAGCUGUGGUGUUUUCCGGCCUUGGCAUUGUCAUAUUCUUGGUUGUGUGGACGUUAUUCUGCCUGGUUCUACCCCUUACUGUUGCACUUGUCGAUUUUUGCUCAUCUGGAGGUCAUUUCAUUCGAUCUCGUGUCAGUCAUCAAAUGCUGAAUGCUAUGGAGUUCUAUCAAAUGUGUGAUGCUAGACCGACUCACGACAAUGUGCCACCAAUAAUGGGAGCGACAAACAUUAGUGAUACGUUGACGUCGUUCCAGACAAAUAGAACACGACUUGACUCAUUGCUCGAUGUCACAUUCAAGCACGACCCUUCCGUUUCCAAUUCAUCUGCUUUCGUUGCUGAUGACACAAUUCGUGCACUAAAAGGCAUUGGAGCACUAGAAUCGACUUUAGCAUGUUACGCGUACCGUGAGAGCGUUCGAGCAAUGCAUACUGGAAUAUGCAACCAAGCAAUAAUUGGAUCAUCAGUGCUCACAUUCUGUCUACUUUCAUUAGGCCUGUUCCUAUUCACAUUGCUUGUCAUCGUCUCACGCUCGUGGAAUUUGUUCACUAGACUCCCCUCGGACUAUGUAGAGGUGGACGAAGACGACCCGUUUUUCCCACGUACAAACGACUCCAUGAUACCGGUGGAUAUUUAUGGAACCCAUGUUUUUAAUCCACGAACGAGAGAACGCACUGAGCCAUCCACGAAUACCACAACUGCCACCGGUAAUGGAUCCGGAGAUGAUCAAACGGCUCCGCUUUGGAACACAGCUAGUGCACCUCCAGCGUCAAGUAACCUUACCUGUUAUGAAGAGAAUUCCACUCAAAACUGCAGCUUGUACCUUAUAAGGGAACUGUACCGAGUUGUUUUGUAUGUUGAACAUGAAAAUUUGUGA